AUGAAAGAUAUUCAGUCUAUCAGAAUAGAAGUUAAAGAGGGUAUUUAUGCUCGGCGUGUCCUUUAUAUGGAAAUCAGAGGCCAGGGGGCCAUUCCUUUGACUCGUACUGAUGAGAAUUUGACUCCACGAGAAAUUGAGCAAAAAGCAGCGGAAUUGGCCUAUUUCUUGCGUGUACCAAUUGAAGGUAUUCUAGAAAAAUUAAUAGAAUUAGAGGAACUCUUCCUGUUGGACGAAAUGAUAAAGGAAUACCCCGAAAUACAUCUACAAAAGUUUCGUAUCGGAAUCCACAAAGAAACGAUCCAAUUGAUCAAGAUGCACAACGAGGAUC